UUACCCCUGAGAUUUAUGCUACACUUCGGGCAUGCGUGUUUUGUGGGUCACGUAACCUCAAAUAUGCCAUCAACUUCUUCGUCUUUAAUAGACGAGUUCCAAAGAAGUUGGUUGACUUCUCUUAUCGGUAUUUGCAUACUUUGUUUAGGAAUUUGGCUUUUAACAUGGAAUGAAGGCAGGGCAGUGCACCAAGCCCAUUCUUUGGACGAGGCAUACAACAGGGUGAUUUCACUCAACCCCUAUGAGAAUGUAAGGUCCGAAUUGGAUGGCCAUUUGGUCCAUAUUACAGGCCCUUUGGGAAUUGAUGAACCUUUAACUGAACCUGAAUAUGGCAUUUCGAUACAAGCUGUUAAGUUGAAACGGAGGGUUCAGAUGUAUCAGUGGGUUGAAGAGCGAUCACCUAGGGAUUACGUUGAUAAUGGCUUAGAUCAGAAUUAUGAAACUUCUGAUUAUUAUUAUGUCACAGAGUGGAGAGACAAGGUUGUAGAUAGCAGUAAUUUCUACAUAAGGCAUGGGCAUCACAACCCCACUGAGAUUCCACUAAAAUCACAUACUUACAUAUCCCCUUUUGUCCGUGUUGGUCAUUUAAUGUUAGGUAGCGAAAUUAAAGAAAAGUUCAAUGAUUAUGUGGAAGUUACAAGUGAUGAGAGACCUGAAAGAAAAGAUGUGAAGCUCCAUAUGGGAAUUUACUACCAUUGUGAUGACGUUUGGAACCCAGAAGUGGGGGACAUCAGAGUUCAAUUUUAUUAUGCUGGAAUUGCAAAUGAAAUCGUAACUGUAAUUGCAAUGCAAAAAGAUGGUGUUUUAGUCCCUUACACCACCAGCAAAGGUCACAAAAUCGCACUUCUCCGCCAUGGGGACCUAAAUAUCAAUCAAAUGUUCAAUGCUGAACACUAUGAUGUUAGAUUAGAAACGUGGAAAAUCAGGGCUGCUGGUGUUUUCAUCUUGUAUGCUUCCUGUGUUUGUUUAGCCAGAUUGAUUAAAAUUUUCUUUUUCAGAAUUCCAUUUUUACGAAAUAUUGUGGCCGGCGAUAUGACGUCUUCAACAAAUUUUGCAAUCUCGGCUUCUGUUUCCCUACUUGUGAUUGCAACAGCUUGGAUUUUGUAUAGACCAGUCUUAGGAGUUGGACUAGUUGCAGCUGCAAUCAGCCCAUUUUUCUAUUGCACUAUGGGAAUGUACAAUAUUGCUCAAAAUCAAAAUGGGUUUUACAAUAGAUGAAACGAUUUGCAGAGAGAUCUCUGAGGUUUUCUAGUCAACUGAAAAAAGAGUUUAGCUUAGGAAAUGAAAACAAGAGAAAUUGAUUUUGCUUGAGAAAACUUUAUUUCAACUAAAGUAGUAUUUAACAGAAUUGUGAUUUAUUUAUUGUGAUGAUUAAAAGAUUUUAUAAAGUUA